GCUUAUUAUUAACAUAUGGUACGUCCUGAUAAACUUCCUGAAGGAACAAAUUUUUAUUGUUUUUAAUAAGGAAUUAAACCAAUGUGGGAAGAUCCAGCAAAUUAAGGAGGAGGUAGAUAUUAAAUGAGAAUAAAGAUUGAAUAUGCCAAUAAAUUUUGGGAAGAUUUACUAUUAGGUUUGAUAGGUGAAGAAUGUGAAUUUGGAAAUUAUAUUAAUGGAGUUACUUUAUAAGUAAAAGAUAAUUAACAUAUAGUUAUUUAAAUUUGGGUUAAAAAUAUAUCAUAAGAUGAGAAAAUAAAUUUUAAACUUAGAGAGUUUUUCAUAUUAAUUUUAAAUUUAUAAGAAAACUCUCCUAUAGAAUAUAGAGAUUUUCCUAAAAAAUGAGUAUUUUUUAUUAUUUACAAAAUAAUAUAUAAAUACUUGUUGUUUUUAUAUAUAUAAAUUAAUUUGUCAGU